AAGCGUGCCGGCCGACGCAAGAUCAAGAUCGAGUAUAUCGAGGACAAGAGCCGGCGACACAUUACAUUCAGCAAGCGCAAGGCUGGCAUCAUGAAGAAGGCCUAUGAGCUUAGCACGCUGACAGGCACGCAGAUCAUGUUGCUGGUGGUGUCGGAAACCGGCCUUGUGUACACGUUUACUACGCCCAAGCUGCAGCCGAUGGUCACGCAGCCAGAGGGUAAGAACCUCAUUCAGGCAUGCCUCAGCGUGCCCGAU